AUGGCUUUUUCAUGGUUUCCAGGAUCCUGCAAGCUGGAGUUCACUCACUCAGACGAUCCCCUGACGCUACAAACGAAGGAUGGUCCCAAGCGAGCCUUCCCGGAGAUCUGCAGAGAUGUAGUGCCUGCUUGCAACCUCAACCCGUUUCUUUUCAAUGGACAUCUACAAACGGCAUAUGCGGCGCUGCAACACGAUGGUCCUGCUGUGCACUACAAACGACGGGUUUUCAAAGCGGAGGAUGAAGCAUUCCAAGGCCACUUCACCGUCGACUUCGUCGUGGCACCACCGCCCAGGGCCGGAACGGCAAAAGACGCCGGGCCGGAGGACCAAGGACUUCGAGAGGAUCCCAUUGGCGUGGGUCAUACUGAGUUACCGCCUCGGACGACUUACUUCACGGAUCAUGAAUUUGAAGAUCUGGCUUCUGAAGAUACGAAACCGCUGCUGAUCACGCUGCACGGUCUUAGUGGCGGCUCUUACGAGACGUACCUUCGACAUAUCCUGGAACCACUUGUGAGGGCCACGCCAGAAGGCGAGAAAGCCGGGGGCAUCUCAGGCGGUGAGUGGGAGGCCUUGGUAGUGAAUAGCCGUGGAUGUGCUGGCUCGAAAAUCACCUCAAGCAUUCUCUACAAUGCUCGCGCAACGUGGGACGUACGACAGGUGGCAAAAUGGUGUAGGAAGACAUGGCCUAAAAGGCCGCUUUUCGGUAUUGGCUACUCGUUGGGAGCCAAUAUCUUGACAAACGUAGGUCGUCCGAAGGAAUCGUUUUGCUGACUGCCCUGGUUUACUAAGACGUUUUUUUCCUUUUAGUACAUGGGAGAAGAAGGUUCCGAUUGUCUUCUAUCAGCUGCUGUAGUGGUGUCCAAUCCAUGGAAUCUGGAGGUUAGCUCAAUCCUGCUACAGAGCACCACCAUCGGAAUGGAAGUCUACAGCAAGGCGAUGGGAAAGAGCAUGCUCGCUCUAUUUGAGAGGCAUAAAGAACAGAUUACGAAGAACAAGAGCAUAACCUCUACAGGCAUGCAUAAGCUCAAGUAUUUGCAUGAGUUCGAUCGCGCGGUACAAUGCGCGACCUGGGGCUAUCCGACUGAGGGUGCAUACUAUCGCGACGCAGGCUGUGUCGACAGUGUCUUCGGCAUCCGCAUUCCGGUGUUGGCUAUUCACGCCACGGAUGACCCAAUUGCUUUCAACCAGGCUGUUCCGUACGAAGAGAUUAAGCAGAAUCCGUAUGUAGUGUUGUGCACUACUACUGGAGGCGGACACCUUGCAUGGUUCGAGCUGGGUGGUGGCAGAUGGCACUCCAAGCCCGUGAGUCUCGUUGUCUGGGUGUAGGCGUUACACCCUUGCUGAUUGAUGAACAGGCUGUAAACUUCUUGAACAAAAUGGCGCGAGAAGUAGACUUCAGACACGUCGAUGCGCCAAACAUGGAGAAACCAGGUCCCCACGGCGGGCUGCAGUCCCCUUUCGACUACUCUCCUAUGCGCAGGAAGCAUCACAUUCCGGGCCGUGUGUAUUGA